AUGAUCGGCGCACUAGAAAGUCGCUUCAAAAAGACCCUCUACUUGAUGAAAAUGGUACGAAGCUAUCUUAAAGACAGAAAACUACUAUACGAUACGAGCGAUGGCCCACAAAGUAAGGAAAUAACCUCUGGAGCAGCGCAGGGAUCAAUACUUGGAGCAGAUCUAUGGAAUGCCAGCUACGAUGGAAUCUUAAACGUUGAAAUGCCUGACGAUUGCUACCUCGUUGGCUAUGCAGACGAUAUCGCCGCCGUCAUAACCGCGCGUAAUACCGACAUGGCCAGGCGUCGACUGACACAAGUUAUGAUACGAACACAGACAUGGUUGGACUCACACGGCCUCAGCCUAGCUGCUGAAAAAACAGAACUGAUCCUGCUCACUAGGAAACAUAUCCCGCUGGAGAAAUUCUUCGUCGCUAUUUCCUUCGCCUUGUUGGCCUGCGCCGCGGCUGAUGUCUCCCACUUACAAAGUGGCUAUGAUUAUCCUGCACCCGUGCAUGAGGAGGUUAGGUCGGAACCGAUCGCACCUCUAGCUCCGGGACCAGUAAUUCCGGCACCUGUAGCACCGCAAAACACUUACGUGCCACCACCAGCAGCUCCAGCACCAGUAGCUCCCGCACCAGUAGCUCCAGCACCUGUAGCUCCAGCACCAGUAGCUCCCGCACCAGCAGCUCCAGCACCAGUUGCUCCCGCACCAGUAGCUCCAGCACCUGUUGCUCCGGCUCCCGUAGCACCGCAAAACACUUACAUUCCCCCAGCACCACAAGCGCCUGUAGCUCCAGCAGCACCGAUCCCCGUAGAUAUAAGAUCGCAGCCAAUUGCUCCAGCACCAGCAGCCCCAGAGCCACCGAUAGUGCCGCAGAAUACUUACAUCCCACCAGCACCACCAGCGCCCCCUGCACCAGUUCAUGAGGCUGUGCACUCGCACCCAAUUGCUCCUCCUCCACCACCACCGCCACCAGCACCAAAAAAUACUUACAUUCCACCUGCACCACCAGCGCCACCAGCUCCAGUAGCUCCAGUUCAUGAGGCCGUGCACUCGCACCCAAUUGCUCCUCCUCCACCACCACCACCACCAGCACCAAAAAAUACUUACAUUCCACCUGCACCACCAGCGCCACCAGCUCCAGUAGCUCCAGUUCAUGAGGCCGUGCACUCGCACCCAAUUGCUCCUCCUCCACCACCACCACCACCAGCACCUAAAAAUACAUACAUUCCACCUGCACCACCAGCGCCACCAGCUCCAGUAGCUCCAGUUCAUGAGGCCGUGCACUCGCACCCAAUUGCUCCUCCUCCACCACCACCACCACCAGCACCAAAAAAUACAUACAUUCCACCUGCACCACCAGCGCCACCAGCUCCAGUAGCUCCAGUUCAUGAGGCCGUGCACUCGCACCCAAUUGCUCCUCCUCCACCACCACCAGCUCCACAAAACACCUACAUUCCUCCAGCAGCCGCUCCAGCUCCAGCUCCAGAGCCAUCCGCCACCCUUGAAGCUGACGGUUACCACUACAAGACUGUCCGUCGCGUAGUCUACAGACACCGUUUCUAA